AUGUCCUCGGGCCGCCCCGCAGCUCCGUCCCCGCCCCCGGGGGGGCUCCCCGGGCCCUCCCCCCGCCGCCGCCGCCGCCGGGGCCCGGCCCCGGGCCCGCCCCCACCCCCCGGCGCGCCCGGCAGCAAUGACGUGUUCGUGACGUCACGCUCGGAUUUCCGCGCGCAGCUGCGGCGCUGCCAGCGGCUGCUGGCGCCGGGCGGCGCUCCCGGGGCCGGCCCCGCUCCGCCCGGGGAGCUGCGGCUGCACGGGCUGGGCCUGGCCGUGCCCCGCACCAUCAACCUGGCGCUGCAGCUGCAGGCGGGCGCGGGGGGGGCCCUGCGGCUGCACGCCAGCACCUCCUCCGUGCCCCUCCGCGCCCCCCGCGCCCGCCGCGCCGCGCCCCCCGACGGACACGAGUCCGGGGACGGCGACGGCGAGGACGGGGAUCCCCCCCGGCACAACUCGGCCAUUCACAUCCGGCUCUGCAGGGAAGCCCCCUGUGCCUGAGGGGGGCCGGGGGGGAGUUCCCCGAGCGCCUCCCGGGGGGCUC